CUAGUGUAUACGCAUGAAGAGUUAUAUUAAGUUAAAUUGGUUAUUGGUUGCUUGGACUUGCAUUUCUUUUAAUUUCAUUUGUUAAAAUGGUAUACACUGCAAGAUUGUGAAAUCAGUUUUCAUACUGUGUGUUAUAAUCAGUGAAUCUGCAAGAUUUCCCAGUAUAACGUGAAUUAAACUCGAUGCAACAUAAAACAUGUGGACCGAGUACCGACACGUUUGUCGUGCAAGGUUAAAUUCCUUCGAUUUGUAUAUACAAGUAAAUCCGACUAAACACCAGGAUGCCUAGAACCUGCAGAAUCUAAAUUUUCAGAGCGUCGUUAAAGAACUAAUUUAAAACGAACUUAAACACGUUCCAGUCGUUCAUGUGUAUCUUGUUUGUUUAUCGUAACACGGUAACCAAGCAGUGCAGUGGCAAUAAACUGAAGACAAUGUGGUGCAAAGUCAGCUGGUCACUUCUAUUCCCUGUACAGAGACAUUGUUCCAGAAUCUGUCAAUGGCGUUCACCAUUCCUCUCCAACAGAAGGUUGACAUGAGACGCGCUUCCUACACGCCUUUGCCAACCCAGGCCCCUGCCGAGCCCCUCAUCGUGGUAGAAGAGUCCGGCGGGACGGAUGACGAAGAGACGCCAAGCAGAGAAUCAUCUCCGCAGCUGACGCUGCACCCGGGGCUGCUGUCUCCUUACCGCGACAUGAGAAAACGCUCCCUGCCCACCCCAUCCUGCACCUCGGGCAUCACAGCUAGCCAAGUGCGCCGCCUUUCGGAGCACGGCGUCGAGGGCAGAACGGCAGCGUCGAUGAGAGAAGCUGCCUUUCUGGCGACGCUGUCGUCCGCCCCGGCGCCCGCACCCGGAGGAAGACGUCACUCUGUAGUUACAAUCUCGCGAGCACCACCUCCCUCUAUCUUGUUCGGCCGGGGGCGCCGAGAGUCUAUCGCGGCGUUCCCGGCCAACUCGAUGCAGGUGACAAGGGUGCUAGCGAACCGACGCGACUCUACGUCGUCCGUUCCUCGACCGCCCAGCACUUCUGGCAGCACCAGCGGUAGCCAGUUCAAUCUGCAGCUCGACAUCAUGGAUGACAUCGCUGAGAUCAAGGCAGCUAGAAAGGUUCGGCUUAAGAUGUGGAAGACGCCUAGUCAUGAGAGAGUCUGCGAGGUCCAACCGUUGGACGGUACUCCGGGAACAUCCGCCUCGGCGACGAGAUAUCACCAAGUAUCCGCAGGACCUUCUUCCAGACCUGACGCAAGUGCAACUACUCAGAUAUCGCGUCGCUACUCGGACUUUGUCCCAACACAACCGGCACAGCAUCCCAAACGAAGAGCUUCUGAACAAGUUCCUCCUUCUUCCUCAGGAUCCUCAGCAACACCUCCCAAACCGUCACCAUCCACGGGCAUCAUCUGCUCCAACACGGACCUCAUAUCAAUCAUUUCUUCUCUCGCUUCCUCGGCACAAGAGAUCAACAAGGAUCCUGGAGAGGAAAGUCCAUCCAGAGUGUCAUCAUCCACCAAAGGGAAGGAUUCCUCACAAGGAGCAGAGAAAAGCGAAAGCAGCAGCUCCGCGAGUGCUGAAGAGAAAAGAAAUCGACUGAGAAACUUGCGGUCCAACAGCUUCGAUGUGUCUAUGCUCCUCGGCGCAGGUGUAAAGCCGAAGCAGGACACUGGGAGAUGCAGCAUUGCAGGUCCUGCCAGCUGGUUCGUCAAGAGGCAUCAGCCGAAGAAAUCAGAGCCACCUAAGGGACAGUCACCCGUAAUGGGCAGCCUGUUCCAAGAAAAGGCAAAUGCAAGUGUCGCACAGAGUUCAGAAAACUCUUCGAUGUCUCCCGAAUCGGGGCAACAGAAGACGUCGUCAAAGACUUCCUCGCCUCCAGAUAACAAAGUUCUUUGGGACGAGAAAAGUGGUUCAGUCGUGGAUGCUCAAGUUCUGGGCAGUGCCAUUGAAGUGUUCCUGGCGAGACGAGGAAGUGGGAACGACAGUCCAGGGGGCACGUCCCCCCAGAGUUCCAAGGUAUCUCCUACUAAAAAUAAUGGCAAGACUGCGAGUGGAUCUGGAGUAGCAGGUACAUCGUCGUGGUUCUCUGGAAACAAAGACGCAGAGGACGAAGCGGGUUCUUCAGAUACAUGCGACACAUCUCUGUGCUCUACACUCAAGGACUUGUUCGUCAAAUAAUGUGCCAUGCUUUUGGUCAGAUCGGCUCAUACGUUCUCACGUGUAUCUUAUGCAGCAGAUGAACUGGCAUGGACAUUGCACAGCGCCGUAGGAGGAACAGGCAUUUAGAUGUCAGCGAGAUUAUCGUACCAUUAUUCGAAUUUUUAAACGUAAAUGUAAGCGACAAAUUAGCGUUGUGUAUUUGUUAAAACUGUGGGAAAAAUAACGACUGAAUUUCCGAUGUAUUCAAAAUGUACAUGGAGAAUUUCCAGCAUAAUUCUGAAGAACAGAAUUUUGUAAAUAAAGGAAAUAUCAAGGCAGCAGCAUAAAGGAGGAAGUAUAGAUCUGACUUAUUUUUCGAACAUUCAAAUUGUCUAUAGCUGUCAAAUAUAUCAUUGGUAUAAGCGGCCUCCGUAGUCUAGAGGUAACGUUCCCACCUCAUGACUCGUAGUACGCGGGUUCAAACCCGGCG